CGUCCGUGCGUCCUAAUACACCUCGGUGCAUGCCACUACACUGUGGCCUUGUGGGUAAUGGCUUCCGACCUGGUUGACCUCCAUGAUGAUCUGGUGGGAGAAGACCCCCUCUCAGGUGUCAGCAGCCCGCUGGACCUACUCAAGAUCAGUCCGAUGGAGGAGCGCGAGUUCCCUCCUGAUGAGACGGACAUGAGCAAAUCUGAAACGGACAUCUCCGCACAUCUGAAUGCGGCCACACAUCUGAGCAUGAACGACCCUUUCUACGAUAUUGCCAGGCACCAGAUCGUCGAAGUUGCAGGUGACGAUAAUUUCGGCCGGAAGGUGAUUGUGGUCAGUGCCUGCCGGAUGCCCCCUACCCACGAGCUCAACCAUCACAUGCUGCUGCAGUAUCUGAAGCACACGUUGGACCAGUAUGUGGAGAGCGACUACACUCUAAUAUAUUUCCACACGGGGCUCACCAGCGAGAACAAGCCAUCCCUCAGCUGGCUCCGAGAUGCUUAUCGGGAGUUUGACAGGAAAUACAAGAAGAACAUCAAGGCCCUGUACAUCGUCCACCCCACCAUGUUCAUCAAGACCCUUCUUAUUUUGUUCAAGCCCAUCAUCAGCUUUAAGUUUGGUCGUAAGAUCAAUUACAUCAACUACCUGAGCGAGCUGGAAGACGUGGUGAAGUGCAAGCAGCUGGUGAUACCGAGCCGUGUGAAAGAAUACGAUGAGAAGAUUCGAGCCUCCCUGAAGCCAACCCCCCAGGUUUCCCCACCGGCCCCAGCGAAGACCCCGCUGCCCCAUAAGCAGUUUGGGGUCCCUCUCUCUCUGUUGAACGAGAAGAAUCCAGACCAAGAAGGGAUCCCGCUGGUGAUGCGCGACACAGUCGGUUUCCUAAAGGAACGCGGCCUUCAGACCGAGGGCAUAUUCCGGAGGUCAGCCAAUAUCACCCUUGUCAGAAAUAUCCAGAACAAGUAUAAUUCUGGUGAGGUCGUCGAUUUCUUCCAGCUGGAUGACGUCCAUCUUGCUGCCGUCAUCCUGAAGACAUUCCUGAGAGAGCUGCCCGAACCGCUCCUCACAUUCCAGCUGUACACAGAUGUUGUCAAUUUCCACAACGUCAAGAGCAGCACUCAGGCGAGUGAGAUCCGCACCAUGCUGCAAACACUUCCAAAGGAGAACUACGCCUCUCUCAAGUUCCUCAUCCAGUUCCUGGUCCAGGUGUCUGCACAGAGCGAGGUGAACAAGAUGAACAACAACAACCUGGCUGUGGUGUUUGGGCCCAACCUGAUGUGGGGUCAGGAUGCCGCCAUGACCCUCAGGGCCAUCGGCCCCAUCAACAACUUCAUAAGGACCCUGCUGGACCAGCACAGCCAGGUGUUUGUGCCCUAGCCACCGAACCCAAGCGAGCACUUCCUUGUCGUGACCACGCCUCUCCUGUCCUGUCCUCCUCACCCCAAGUGCAGCCCUGUCAGGUGUUGCCCCUGUUGCCAAAUGUGUUAAUCUGGUUACUUGUGUCCAUUCAUGACUGGAGAGGGAAUGCAGAGUAGAGCAGGGUGGGAAUUACAGGGACCAGUCUGAGGGAUGUGUGAGGGCCAAGGGCAAGCUGGGAGAUGGAAGGAGGCCCUCCAUGCCCUACCCCCCUCACACUCCUUAACGCUCCGGGCAACAGCUGGGCAAGAGCUGGGUGUAAACACACGCGGUACAAGCCGCCAUGGUGGUACUGUUAAAGUCAAGGAAAUCGGAACUGUUGUUUAGUGCCUCUACAGUUCAAACAGAUGCACAAGAUGCGAUAAAGACUUUCUGUCAUUUUCAUAACGGUACUUUGUUCAGAAAUGAGUGAAGGAAACUUGGAACAGGAAAUAAAAUGUUCAUGUUCAUUAGUUGUGUUCACCUCAACACAUUUUCACCGCCUUCAAAUCCCAAGCCACUCUUGACACUCCAUUCAAGAACACAUCUUUUCCACUUGGAUUUUAUUCUUAGAUUUUUAUAGAUAUCACUAAUUCUUGCUGUGAUUUGAUUAAAAAAUAUUCCUGAAAGAUUCAUCUGCAGUUUAAAUUUGAUUAUCUUAAACAAAAUACCCCAAAGUCUUUUACACUGCUGCCAAACAGAGUAGUGCAGAGGAACAUAGUUGUGUUCACAGCUGUAUUUGUUUCGUAAAAGCGGUUUCAUGGUUGUAUUUUACCAGUUUUAACAAGUUUUUAUAAAAGAAUCGGUGACAUUUUAUUUGGUUGUUGACUCACACAGUUUGUCAACAAGUCCAACAACUUGCCAUCGCAAGGAGAGUCGUGGGGGCAGCAAAAUCAGAAUGCUGUUUUCAGAUGAUACGUUUCUAUAUUUUACUCCUGUAAACUUAUGUAAUACUGGAAUUCAGGUAUUUUAGGAAGAAAAUGAAAGUUAAAAGUUAAAUUGCUGAUUCACUGCACAACUUACAUUUUCCUUUGGGAUCAAUGAAGUUCUCAUGUGAAGUAAUGUCACUAAUUGAUGAGAGCAGGGCCCAUGUCCCACCCUCCCCCCGCAGAGCGCUGACACUGACCACCAGGUACCACUUUUGCAGUUGACCGGACCGUUUCUCUCGCGAGACCAUUCCAUCCUUUGUGCUCAGCCUUUGCUCCCUGACCUCAGCCGGGAGGGAGGAGUGUGAAACUGUAGCCAGGGUACCCUGAGCACCAGCUCCUGAAAGUAACCCUCUUCGCGCAGCAGUAAAACGUCACCAAGAUUUGAACCGAUUUUCGGGACCAACCACCAUUUCUCCUCCAGACCACACGCGUGUUUGAUGCACUUAUCUCGUGCAACGCAGGAGAAGGAUGAAGCGAGGUGCUAGCAGGUCUAGUUCUCUGAAAGCACAAGGGCAGCAACCAGAGAGCCUGGCAAAGGUGGUGAACUGUCGUAAAGGACCAUUUCUUUGCGUUGUGUUGAUGGUGUUUUAUUUUUUUUUCCCCCAAACUUAACUGCUCUUAUGUGCCAAACUGUUGAUUUAGCAUCUUUUCACGUACUUCUCUGAAUAUCGAUUUCAGUACCAGUUUGAUAUUGUUCAUGAGCAAUUUCGUUUAACUUGCACUGCUGCUGUUUUAAAGGUAGCCGUAGAAGCCGCAGUACAUACCGUAUUUUUGUCCAGGUGAAAGUGCUGUUUUUCUUCCUCUCCUUCUCCAAAGGUGUUUUACAGUGUGUGGCACUGGAGCACUGACUGCUCCCGGUGACACGUGCCUCUGUGAAACCCGCCUAGAUCUCAGUGUACGUGUAGGUGUGCCUUGUUCAGCCAGGUGUUGUAGCUGCAAGCGUUCAUCCUGGCCUUGGUGCCUCAGUGACUUCCCCGCCAUGUGCGACCUUCCUGCUCCAGCACUUCCUCCUUCCCAUCCUCUGGACUCUGCUCAUGUACUUCCUGUUUACUGCAGUGGAAAUGAGAUGCUCUUUGGCUUUUUUCUGUAAGUUGUUCUACCUUCUUGUUUUACUGCAGUCUUGUUUUUCAGGACUCAGGAGUUUUUAUAUUACAUGUCAUGAAUACAGAUUGUAAUAAACUGUACUAU